AUCAAACCAUUUGUUACUAGAGAAUUGCGAGCACUGCUAGGAGAUUUCUACGAACCCUUAAUUGAAAAACAAGUUUUAGACAUCUUGCUCAUACCACACAAUCGGUUUAUCGAGUCGCGACGAGGCAGAGACAACAAAACCUCAGACGAAAAGCGAGCAAUGCAAAUCACGAUGGACGACGAUUCUAUAAUAGAGCUUUUAAGCGAAUGGAUUCCCGGAGGCGAAAAUAAUAAUGGAUUUGCUCGGCGAUUUGUCACAGAAGUGAUGGCCUUCCUGCGUAGUGGUAUGAGCUUGAAUACCUUCACUACCAAUGUCCAUUACCGUCGUGAGGGUUAGGGUUCAAAGUGAGACCUACAAAUUUUGGGAUAAAAUUACGACUGACGUGCAUUUCGCCUCAUCCCCCCCAUCAACUCUUUUUCUGAAUGUAUUGGAUGCUAUAAGCUUGUCAUGCAAUCAAGCAAUGAUAAGUCCUCCGAAGUAGGAGAUGUCGAUACAGACAAGCCCUAUUUAAAUGAAUCAACUACCGAUCAACCCCCUCAAAUCACCAGUCCUGAAGCUCCCGAGCAAAGUCUUUCUCAACCUUUGCAACAGCAACUACCGGUACUAUCACAACAAUCACAACAAGCACAGCAGCAACAUGCAACUUGGCAACACCAGCAACAUCCUCGGCAUAUGUUAAACAAGUUUGCUACUAUACAUAGCGGCGAUAAAUACCACCAAGACUUGCGGCGAGACGUCUUGACCAAUUUUGACCGAAAUCUUACUGUCGAAACGGCCCACUUUGACCCUCAACUUCACUCGUCGGCUGGACCGACAAGCUCGUCUUCAUCUCCCGCUGUUGUUAGAAGGGGUCCAAUGUCUUACUCCUCUGGUUUAGGUUCUAACUCUAGUUUGGUUAGUGGCUCUCCGCUUUGACUUCGAAUUCAUUGUUACCAGAAGUUAAACACUGUUUCUAAUGUAGAGUGAUCGUCCAAAAGCCAAUGCAAAGAAAAGGCGCCGCCC